CUAACCGGAAGUGACGCGCUCCUGAAACCGGAACAAACAAAUCCGGAUGCAAAUGAUGUUGUUCGAAAGCGGAGCAGUGUCGGUGUAGAAGUGUUUAUUUCAGUUUCUGUGGGGCAGAUAUCUCCAGCAGUAGAGAGAACCAGAUGAAGUGAAGAUGGUGGAGAGGAACAGGGUUUAUUUGUGAUAUUUCUUCCCUCCAGCUGAAAGACAGAAAGCAGACAGAGUGCAGGAGGUGUUUUAAAGGAGAAAGAGACAAUCAUCUUCAGAUAUUUUUAAUCACAAGUCAGCUGGUUUUAGUUGUAGAUCUCAGCAUGAAGAGGCUGGCUUUCAGGGGGAAGUGUGCUCACAGCUCAGUGUUAGUGUGCUGCUUACUCCUGUGCAGUGUGUGUGUGUGUGUGUUGGGGUAUAAACCUGUGAUUGUUAUCCAUGGACUGUUUGACACCUCUGCAGACUUCAUCAACCUCAAAAGAUACAUCAAUCAGUCUCACCCCGGGACGAACGUGUCGGUGAUAGACCUGUUUGACCGCACAGCCAGUCUGGAGCCGUUGUGGAAGCAGGUGGAGGGAUUUAAGGAGGCCAUUUAUCCCAUCAUGCAGAACGCUGCAGACGGAGUUCACCUCCUCUGUUACUCACAAGGAGGGUUGGUAUGUCGAGGAAUCCUGUCUACACUGAAUGACCACAAUGUUCACUCCUUCAUCUCUCUCUCCUCCCCUCAGGCUGGACAGUACGGAGACACAGACUAUCUGAAGUACUUCUUCCCCGAGUUCGUCAAGUCCAACCUCUAUCACCUGUGUUACACCGCUGUGGGCCAGAGGAUCUCCAUCUGCAACUACUGGAACGACCCUCAUCACAGAGACAUGUACAUGAACACCAGUGAUUAUCUCGCACCACUGAACAACGAGAGGCCACAUCCCGAAUCCGCAGUGUGGAAACAGAACUUCCUGCGUAUUAAAAAGCUCGUGCUGAUUGGUGGACCAGACGAUGGUGUCAUCAUGCCGUGGCAGUCGAGUCAGUUUGGUUUUUAUGAUGAAAAUGAGACGGUCGUGGAGAUGAAAUCUCAGGAAAUGUUUCUGAGGGACUCGUUCGGUCUGAAGUCUCUGUACGCUAGAGGAGAUCUGGAGCUGUGUUCAGUGGCCGGGGUACCGCACAUCUACUGGCACUCCAAUGAAACCGUAUACAAGAGCUGCAUCGAUAAAUGGCUCACAUAAACACACACAGUCUCACACACACACACACACACACACACUGAUAUAGAGCCUAUUUUUACACACAGGAUUGACACUUUUCUAUCAGCUCCUACGCUAAACAAAUGAUCAUCAGCUGCGUUUGUUCCAGAUCAGUGUUGCUCCGAGUCACAGCAGCACUUUAUCUCUUUUAACCGCUCGUGUGUGUGUGUGUGUGUGUGUGUGUGUGUGUGUGUGUGUGCAUGACACACACGGUUCAUCGCUCAGGCCUGCUCAGCUUUUUACUGAAGCUUAAACACACACACAUUGUAAAUACGUUUUAUUCAUUUAUACACUCGCAAAGCACAACACAAUGCAAAUCAGUGCCUCAAGAACGUUUCUGAUCACAAAAGAGUUACUGAUAAAAUAAAUAAAAAGGGGGGGCGGGGUUUUUAUUUUGUACGUCCUGUUUCUGGGUGAAUAGGGGCGGGGCUUAAGCUAAAUUUAAUCACAAACUUGACUUUUUUAAUGAUCUUCAGCUCAUCAUACCGCUUAGCAUAAAACACUGCAACAUUAGCUAAGCUACCGGAACACAACACAGCGAUCAAAUUGAAUUUAAGCCCCGCCCCCUUUUUACUUUCUGUCACUCAAAAUCAGGACGUGAGUUUUGUUUUUAAGCCUUUAUUUUAACUCCACCUCACUUCCUUAAUUUUAUUUUAUUUUAUUUUAUUUAUUUUUAAAGGAGCAAUACAAGUUAAAAUGCAAAUCUCAAACGUUACAUAUUGCUCCUUUAAUCUCCCACAACAUGAAGGAAUUGUGGGUAUUGUAGUCCGGUUGCAGUAAGCAUCAUUGCCUUAUAUUUUUUUUACAUUUGUACCAGUUGUAUCCUUUAACUGUGGUUAUUGGACUACAUGGAAUGACAUCGUAUAAAAGCGGUUACGUUAAGUCCGUCCCACUAUCGCUAUCUGUUUUUGAAGCAGCAAUAAGUAAAAUUGUGCCACGUGUAGAAAAUAUUCAUUUGGAACCGGACGUUCUUGCACAAUGUUUUGAAAAUCGUGGUACUAGAAUGUUGCAUAUUGCUCCUUUAAUACCCUAAAACAAGGAGGAAUUGUGGGUAAUGUAGUUAAGUUGCAGUAGAAAUGGUUGCCUUAUGUUUUAAUACAUUUGUACAGAUUUUAUUCUUUAACUGUGUUUUAUUAGACUUCAUGUAGCUAUACGAUGAGGACGGGGAAUGAAUGUAAAAGCCUGAAAAAAAAGGGAAUAGAUGAUAAAAAGAUGAAGUAGGACUGACAGGAAGAGGGAUAUAUAUACAUAGAUGCUCAGGUUUACCUACUAGUUUUAAACAUUUGUCUACUUGAUUUAGUAUUAAAGCAGCGAUCAGUAAAAUUGACAACUAUUGAUAUCACUUAGCAGUUGUAAGUGUAGGCUGUUGGCUGAAAAUAAGACAUUUGAGAGUUAAUUUCUACAAUAUUACAGUAGUAUAAAAACUGUGUAACACUAUUAAAUGUUGCAUAUUGCUCCUUUAACAGCCUGUAACAGGGAAGUAUUGUGGGUAUUUAGGUAUGCGUUGAUAGUAAAGUUAUAUGUUAUAGUAGUUGUUUAAGGUUGUAUCAGUGUAUGAUAUUAUAAUGAUGUAGCAGACAGUGAUGUUAUCUUAUCUUUUGAAACUGAAAAAAAAAAUGAAGCAUAGGAUUGUUUUCUCAGAGACAGACUCGUCCUUCAAAUUUGUCCAGAAUAAGGAGCCCGUGUUCACACCGGCAGCGAAGCGUCAUAAAAAAAUUUCACUGAUAGCUUGCGAUUACAGUGAAAGGAGGCAGAGCAACUGUUGGUGAUGUUGGUGAAGUAGGUGGAGCGAAAUAUGAAGAAAAAAAAAUUAAUUAAUUAAGCAGAAUUAAAGUUGAUACAGAUAAAGCGAUGUGGCGGUUCAGGUACCAGCACUUCCCUCCAGAAUUUUUAUUUUUAAUGGAAAUGCAUCUGAUUUGUGGUCGAACUGUGUGGUACGCUCUGAUGUAUACGCUCUGUAGCUAACUAUUAGGACCAUAUUCUCGCAUUAAUAGUGUUACCAUAGCAACCGGCAACGACCUCUUGCGGUUUGAGAGACGACAAAUCGCUGCUGGUGAGAAGGCAGGGCUCUGGGGAAUGUGAACACUGCCUAGAACUGUGGCUUCCUCAUAAAAGGAACAGUUUUGUCCACGAUAACAAUAUUGUUUGUGGUAAAUAUCGCAAUAUUUCAUACAGCAGGAUUAUCAGCACAUGUCUAUCAGUAUUCUACCAGUUUAUUCUUUAGACUGUAUAAAGGGAAGGUAACAGGUAUCAUAUGUAUUUCUGAUCAUGAUAACUGAUUCAUAUUUCAUCACGGUUUACGAUAUUAUCAUGAUUAUUUAGGCUGCGACACGAACCACGAGGUGCUAAGUAAGGACCAUAGGAAGACAGCUGAUCUCUGAAUGGAACAGAUGUUACUAGUGCCUUGCGUAAGUAUUCACCCCCUUGAACUUUUCCACAUUUUUUUAGUGCAACAACCUGGAACUUAAAUGGACUUAACUGGGAUUUUAAUUAGGUUAUGAAUCUAUAUAAAAUAGCCCUUCUUCCUAAGCUGGGACAGCCCAGCCUGGACACUCAGAGACACUCAGCUUUAUGGACGAAUGACAAGAAGAAAUUCAUUACUGAAAAGAAAGAGCCAGAUGAAAUUCCAUUUUGUGAUACAGCAAAUGUGGAAAAAUGUUCUCUGGUUUUAUAAGACCAAAUUUGAACUUUUUGGACUUUGCACAAAGAGAUAUAUUUAGUGGAAACCCAACACAACACAACACUCAUCACCCUGAGAGCACCAUCCCCACUGUGAAGCAUGGUGGUGUUAGCAUCACGUUGUUGGGAUGCUUCACAGCAGACUGAUAACAAGUUGCUACUCGUCUCGUGAUGUUGUGUCACAGCAAUAAAGCAUGAAGCAUCAUUAAAAAAACCAUCUCUGGCCCUGAUCUCUGGCCCUGAUCUCUGGCCCUGAUCUCUGGCCCUGAUCUCUCGCCCUGAUCUCUGGCCCUGAUCUCUCGCCCUGAUCUCUCGCCCUGAUCUCUCGCCCUGAUCUCUGGCCCUGAUCUCUGGCCCUGAUACUUGUUGGGAUUCAUCAGCAGGGACUGGGAAACUGUUCGGGGUUUGUGACAAUCCUAGAAGAAAACCUGUUCAAGUAUGUGAGAGACUUCAGAUUGAGGCGGAGCUUCACCUUCCAGUAGGACAACGACCCGAAGCAUAUGGCCAGAGCUACACUGGAGCGGUUCAACACAUUAUAAACGGCCCAGUCAAAGCCCAGACCUCAGUCUGUGGCAAGACUUCAAAAUUGCUGUUCAUUAACGAUGGUCUCGGUCCAGUCUUACAAAGCUUGAGCAGUGUUACUAAGAGCAAUGGGCAAAAACAUCAGGAUCCAGAUGUGCAAAGCUGAUAGAGACAUAGACCCAGCUGUAACUGCAGCCAAAGGUGAUGACCCAGGGGGGUGAAUACUUAUGCAAGGCACUAUAUUUAGAGCUUGAAUAGGAGAUGAUAUUUUAAAGUGUGUAUAUCUAAUCACAAUGUAUCGUAUAACCGAUUGUUGACACAUACCUCACUCGUCACAGCGUGUCAAAGCCUCAGGUGAAUGAUGAAGAGUUUUAUCUGUUGUUUUAAAAAGAAACGUUAAGCCAAACUUCAGUUUGCUGAGCUGAUGCUAAACUGGUAGCUAUAAGCUUCCCUGAACGUGUUAUCUACGUUAACCUCGUACAGUCUUCACACACCACAUGUUUCACAAUUCUGUUGAUGUUUUCUCAGCGUCCGAAUGCGUAAGAGACGCACCAGGUUUUAACCAUGUAGUAGUUUUAGGGGAUUUUAGCGUUAUUUAGUGAAUAAGGGAGUGGGAUUUGCAUAAAAUGUUUUAAAGUUCUCUGAACAGUGUCUUCUGUGGAAAACCAUGGCAGUACUGGCUGUGUGGUUUGUUGCUUUCUCCUGUGUUUGUCUGCAUUGAACUCAUAUGGAACUCAUGAGAACUAAGUGGAGGUGAAGGGAUUUCAUUACUAAAUGCACUAAACUGUAGUGUUCAGUUCUUAAAUCCCUGAAACAUGAAAUAAUAACAGUUUUCAAUGCUAAGUAACCAAUAUUCAAUACUGUUUUUAUAGGAAGUGUUAAGUUUUUUUGGGCUCGAUGCAUUUUAAACACUAAACAUGUGGCCUCAAUGUUGUCACUGAAGAUUUAUUCUAAUAAAGUUUGAGUUUUAAAACAA